UAAUAACAUUAAUCUCCAAAUGCAUGUAGCCAAAAAACGUUUUGUUUCUCAGGGCAUCAAGUUGUCAGCAGAGGUCAAACCAUUUGUUCCAAAGCAUGCGGCGGUAACUGUGGCAUGGUCAGAACCCUCAGAAGCAUGUGUCUUUCCUAGGUACUUAACUACAUGCUACCCAUUUGUUCAGGAACCAUCUUUGGAUAAUGUUCUGGGAGAUCCUGCCUUCCGUGAAUACUCCAACUGCUCUUACUCACCUGGUGUUGUUGCAAAUGUGUAUCCAGUAGCUGGCUCACAGUGUCAGUCUAACAACUCAACACACUAUAAUGGUUCAGGAGUAGUCAGUGAAUCUGCUGAGCAAACAUAUCCAGUCAGACAAGAAAGUAAGAGUCUUUCAAAGAGGAGAUCAAAAGAAGGUGAGAAAAAACUGGACAAGAAAAGACAUGAUGGAGGUGAAGCUUCAGUCAGAAUUGUGAACUGGACUUCAUUCCAGACUUCAACAUGCAGCAGAGAUUCUAUGAAGCCAGACAGGUUCAAUGAAACUACAAAGAAGAAGUCAACUGAAGCUCCAAAACCAGAGUCUCGUCCUGUACCCACAUUUGAAGCUAGCAUUCUGGAUUUCCACAAGUCACAGAGUUUGGGAAGCAGUGAGAUACUGAAUGUACACCGUAAAAGCACACCAGAAGAUACUUCUGGAAAAAGUAAAGCUUCACCAAAAGCUUCAGAUGAAGCAGGAGCCAAUUUAAUUCCCUCUUCACUUGAUGGUAGGGCACCUGCAGAUGGCUCUGCUCAGCCACAUGUGUCUUGGGCCGUGGUACUUUCACAGCCCCCAAAGAAAAUUGUUUCAUCACCAGCAUCUGAAGGUCUUUCCAGAGGCAAAGGGAAGCAGGAGAACGAACCAAAGCAGUCAGAAACAAAAAAUAUUGCAAGUGAAACUGAGCCUGAAGAAGAGUCAGAAAAGAAGAAAAAAAAGAAGAAAAAGAAGAAAAAACUAAAGUCACCCACUGAUGUAGAAAGACCUCAAAGUGAAUCUAACAUAAUACAGGAGCCACCAAAGAUUGAGGAUGUUGAGGAGUUUCCUCAUCUGGCAGCUGCUUCUGAUAGAAGAAACAGGGUAGGAUCUCAGAAACCAUUCUUUACUUCUGCAGUCAGAAAGCAGUCUGAAAUCCAUCUCUCUGAAGAGCCUUGUGAUAGUCCGUCUCCCUCUCUGGAUGAAACUCCCAAGGUGGACGGACUGUCAGGGAAACAAGCUUCAUCUUCUGUAUUAGAAAGAAAGAAAACUCAGGAAACAUCCAGGAAUAGUGGUAAGAAGAGUCAAAUUCCAGUGCAAUUGGAUUUGGGUGGCAUGCUUGCAGUCUUGGAGCAGAAGCAGCAAACAGAGAAGUCAAAACAGUCUCCUAAACCUGUGGUAUUUUCAGUUGGUGGUGCCAUACCAUUGCUAUCUAAAGACCCUGCUACUGCCACAAGAAGUCACCGUUUAAACCAAGGAAAGAUGCCUCAUAAUCCCUUGGAUUCCAGCGCUCCUUUGGUAAAGAAAGGGAAACAGAGAGAAGUACCUAAAGCCAAGAGACCAACACCUCUUAAAAAGAUUAUUCUGAAAGAAAGAGAACAAAGAAAACAGCAGCACCUGUUAGAACAGAAAGCAGCAUCAAAAGAUGAAGAUAACAUUUCUCAGACAGCAGGAAAUGUUACUGAAAACGCAACACUUCUACAGGAUAGUCAAGCAGCUGUUCCUGUAACGCAAGUUGCUGAAGGCUUUCAGGAGCACAUGAGGAUCAAGGAAUCUAAAGAAGGUUCUGUGACUUCAAAGCAGCCAACUGCCACUCUUCCAAAAAUCCACAGCAGGAAUUUUAGAGAUUACUGCAGCCAGGUACUUAGCAAAGAAGUUGACAGUUGUGUGACAGAUCUCUUAAAAGAACUAGUUCGUUUCCAAGAUCGCUUGUAUCAGAAAGACCCAGUAAAGGCCAAGAUAAAACGCAGGCUUGUUAUGGGUCUUAGAGAAGUUCUGAAACAUCUGAAGCUGAAAAAACUGAAGUGUGUCAUCAUCUCUCCUAACUGUGAAAAGAUUCAGUCAAAAGGUGGGCUGGACGAGACUCUACACAACAUUAUCGACUGUGCCUGUGAGCAGAAUAUCCCGUUUGUUUUUGCCCUUAAUCGCAAGGCCCUGGGCCGCUGUGUGAACAAAGCAGUGCCUGUGAGUGUGGUGGGAAUUUUCAGUUAUGAUGGGGCUCAGGACCAUUUUCAUAGAAUGGUACAGCUGACAACAGAGGCUAGGAAGGCCUACAAAGAUAUGAUAGCAGCUUUAGAGGAAGAAGCUAAAGCAGGGCUAAGAGAAGCCCAACCCAGCGUCUUAACUCCUGAAUCUGAAAAAAAUGGCUUGUUAGAAACUUGUAAAACAUCUUCCAAGGACUCAGAUGAGGAUGUUCCAAAUUACAUUAAAGUCUGGAAGAGAAAACUUGAAGAAGAAUAUAACCCAUAUGCACUGGAAUUGGAAAAGAGUGCAACUGCUGACAUGGCAAUACUGAAUUUGGAAGACCAUCAGUAAAUCCCGAUCCAACUCUAUUGGGUUUUUUUUUUCCUGUUAGAUGCAUAAGAAGAAGGUAGCAAAAUAACAUAAUCUAAAGAAAUACCUGAAGUUAGCUAGCAAACUAUUCUGAAUCCCUUAAAGCAAAAUAUACACUGGAGCACUUGAGGCACUGGUUAAUGCUCUUUUGUUCUAUGUGUUUCUCUGAUUAUUAUAGCAGAUGACAACACCAAAUUAUUGUACCCCAAAUCACUUGAACUGGCUUGGCAUACUUUAAUGCUUUUAUGCACUAGCAUUGAUUUUUUCGGGUAGAAUAUACCAAAAGAAUCUGAUAGAAAAAUAAUUUUAUUCUGGAAGAGAUGCCUUGAGCCAGAAGGGGCUAAAGGAGAGUUGCCCUUAAUUUUAACUCCUGUAUAAAAAAUUUCAGCUGUUGUUUGAUUGUGGGUUUGUUCUUAGUUUUUAUUCUAAAUAAGCCUUCUGAGAAGGGCGGCUGCUAUCAAUGUCACUUUAUUCUCGUCAGCAACAAAUUAAUUUGGGUCAGGUAGCUUGAUUUAAACUAAUUAAGGAAGGCCAUGAUGACAAAGUUCCUAGUUAGCUCUUCUGUGUUGUUAUUUGGGGAUCAUACAUCAGGUGUGAAGGAGAUAGCACAGACUACAGGAGUCUGAAAUUCUUGAAAUGAAUGUGCUCUGUUUAGCCUUUUUAUAAAUUUCAUGUUUCUGUUGUUACUGAGAGUAGUUUGUCAUAGAUUCUGCUUUGAAGUUAGAGGAUAUUGCAGGACAGCAAAUGUGCUAGUCUGCUUAUCUGUACCUUCUUGCUGAGACUCGUCAUUCCUUCAGUUUGGGGUUGUGUUGGUAUAUACAUCUAUGAGUUUUUGAGUAAUCUCAGUUUGUAUCUAAAUAGAAAAAAUUUAUAUCUUAUAAGAAAUGAAGUUUGUAUCCUAGAGGAAAUAAAAUUUUAAAAAUAAAAUGUGCUUACAGUAGUGGUGGAGCACCUUAGUGGGAAUGGCCUAUAUAAACACUUUUUUGAGGACAAAGCCUAAAGAAAGUAAUUGGAGGGAUGCACAUAUAACUUGUGUCAGCUUUUCUGAAAGGUGAUACAGAUGCCAGGUGCUGCUCAGCAUCUCUGAGGUGUGUCUGCAAGCACUUCACCAUACUGAACAUUUGUAGUGCAAUACUUUGGAAAGUAGCUGCCUUGUGAUGAUAGAAGGGAUAUAAAAAAAACUUUCAAUAAUUUUGAAAUGCAAACAAUUUUGUAGAAUAUAAAUUGUAUAAAAUCUGUUACAAUAUAUUGAUUCUAUAAAGAAUACUUGUGACUUAAGUAAGCACGUCUUGUGGAAAUUUAGUGAUACUUGAAGUGUCACUUCUGGGAAAGAACAUUGACAAGGGGAGCGGCCUGAUGCUGAAAUGCACUGGUUAUGAUGAUGAUGAUCUUUUUUUUAUUAGUUCCUUCUAAUCUUAAAUGGAAAUUGGGGAUGAAAGGUCCCAGUGACAAAACAUGCUUUUGGUCAGCAUAUACCCUUGAUGCAAAGGUAAGUUGUAAUUUUUUUCAUUUGUACCUGUGCCACUUGGAUACACAUCUAAGAUUCUGGAACUGCUAAACCCAGUCAUUGCAUUGAAUGAGGACCAGUUGAUAAAGAAGUUUGGUUUUUGACCAUGUUUUCUAUUUUGUCUUACUGCAGAAGAACAUAAAACUUCAGAAACAUUAUAGGUUGUUCACAAUCUUAGGGACUUACUUCCAGUUCUUAGAGGAUAUUUCAAAAAUUUGCUAUAAGGUGUGACAGCCAUGGUUACUAAUGCUGGUACACAGAUUUUUCUCUUUUUUUCCCCAUAAAAUUGAACUAAACAAAAAAUUUGGCAACUUUUUACUACUUGCAGUAAUUUCCUGCAGAAACAAAGUUUAGCUACGUCAUCUAUAACCCUGACUCUUGUUUUACUUUUAUUCCCACUCAGCUCCACAGAACUAAAGUUUGGAGCACAGAACUAAGUGCUCCAGAUUGGCUGAACAAAUGCAGGAGAGACAAUCAAGGAAAGUCUAUUUAUAGUUAGCCUGAGAACAAAAAAAAUAUGAGAAAAAAUAUCUCUGGCGGUGUCAGAAGUCUGCAUUAGUGAAAUGCCUGUGUGAAAAACAGGGAAAAUGGUUAAGCUAAGUAGGGAAAAAUGAGUUUUCACUCUGCAUGUGUGACAAGGUGGUCUGACACUUAAAAAAAAAGGAUCAUUCAAGUCUUAGCAUGAGGAGACUGCUUUCUUUAAUGUGGGAAGCACUCUAAUUUAAAUCUUACCAGUCAGGAGAGAACGUAGGGAUGAGUAUGAAGCUUUCUGAUACUGUUCAAAGCAGCUCUCCACCUGGGCUGAUUGAUUAUUAGGGAGCAUCUUACUUGCUUCCAGAUUGUUGAAAUCCAUUGAACAGAUAAUAGAGAAAAUUUAAUUUAAACCUCAGACUUUUGUUUCUUAGAUGCAGAAGGACAAAACUGAGCAGGAAUGCAAUAGAGCGCUUCUACUGUGGAUAGUGUAGGUCCUCACAUUUUCAGUCUGCAGUUGAUGAUCAUAAGGAAUGGUCUUUGAAUUCAUUCAUCACAGAAUUUUUAAGUUACAUUAUCUCAAAUAUUGAAGAAGAAUUUGCA